AUGGCCCUGUUCACUGGCCACGAAGACCGUCGUUUUCUCUCUGCUCCCCAAGAGCCAGGGUACUCCGUCUUUGCCGAUCUUUCUCCUACACUACUUCCCACCUACGAUAUCGAUCCAUUUAAUGAGGCGUCAUCAGGCGUCUCUGAUAAUUUUGCUUAUAGCAAUUUGAGCUUGAACCACUCUUUCGACGUCCCUCUCAACUGCGAUUUUGACUUGGCGGCAUUGAAUAUAACAAUCCCAGCCGAGCUUCAGUACCUCCUACUUCCUGAUCAUGAGCCCUUGUUGCAGCCACCACAUGAUGCCACCGUCGACUCCGAUUUGCUUGCUGAAGGCGACCAAAGCACACCCGCUUCUUCCCCGAACUCAGAGACUGCGAAUGCGAAUGCGAUGACCCCAGAUAAUGCUUUGUUUCCGACCGACCCGUCCUCUCCAACCCCGGACCAAAAGGCAACUUGUAUUCACUUCCCCAGCCCCGAGAAAAUCAGCUUGCAUGAGAAGAACCGUCUACAUCUGGAGGGCUUGGAGCGCUACACUCAUCAUUUGCUCGAUGUGUGCCAGAAGAACAACGUUCAGCCAGUUCCUUGCCAGCAACAAGUGCAGCACUAUGAUUUGUCUCGUGAUGCUCUCAAAACCAUGCUUCUGUAUCUUGAGACUGAACAACAAUCCCUGAAGAGACAAAUCAAGGAGGAACAGAUUCGGUCUGAACGACUUGACCUUCGGCUGGCAAUGCUUCACUGA